AUGUUCUCGUCAAGAUUCGCUAUCCUCCUCUUCGUCGCCCUUUCCAACGGUUACUUUCCCCUCUCCACUUCGCUUCCUUCGCCUCAGCCCUUCAGCAUCGUUCGGCAUCUGCGAGGAGGAUCGCAGGGAGGUGGUUUCUCCAGCUCCCUCCACAACGCAAACGAGGGGAAACCUGUUGUGACGAGAGAUGUGCGGCAGGAUGAGAUGCAGGAGGACGAGGACGAGGAGCUGGAGGCUGGAGCAGGCCCGUCCUCCGUCUCCUCCAUCGCUUCCGUUCCUGCUCUUGGAGCUCUGGGAGGAGCCUCGAUCUCUGUGGGAGGAGUCAGCAAGCUGCUCGCAGAGACGGCCAAGCAUGCGACACCUACGGCGGCGCUGCAGACAGGCUUUGCGUCUGUGGUCAAGGUGUUUGCAUGGACAACGGAGCCGCACUUCUCGCAGCCAUGGCAGAUGCGCCGGCAGCGGCAGGGAACGGGGAGCGGCUUCAUCAUCUCAGGCCAUCGCAUCCUCACCAACGCGCACAACGUGGCGAACCAGAACUGGGUCCUGGUGCAGCGACACGGGAUCCCGAAGAAGUACCCAGCUCGAGUCCUGUUCGUCGGUCACGAGUGUGACCUGGCGAUCAUUGGGGUGGAGGACGGAGACUUCUGGGUGGGGACGAAGGCGCUGGAGUUCGGCGACGUGCCGGAGCUCCAGCAGAGCGUGAUUGUGGUCGGGUUCCCGACUGGAGGAGACAACUUGUGCGUAACUGCUGGGGUCGUGUCGAGGGUGGACGUGCACGAGUACGCGCACUCGGGGUUCAACCUGCUGUGCGUGCAGAUCGACGCGGCGGUGAUCGGAGUCGCGUUCCAGGGGAGGGAGGACGCUGAGAACGUGGGGUACAUCAUCCCUUGCUCAGUGGUGAAUCACUUCCUGACGGACAUCGAGCGGAACCAGAGGUACACAGGGUUCGUCACCCUGGGGAUCACCUGGGCACCGCUGGAGAACAAGCACCUGAGGGAUUUCGUGGGUAUCGACAACUGCGAGCUGCCGCGGGAGCUGGACAGGUCGGGGAUCAUGGUGUGUAAGGUAGACCAGACGCGGCACUCGCCGGACACGCUGCAGACAGGCGACACGUUGCUGGCGAUCGACGGAGUCUCAAUAGCAGACGACGGGACGAUCAAGUUCAGGAUGAUGGAGAGGCUGGCAUUUGCCCAUCUGAUCAGUCAGAAGUUUGUUGACGAUGUUUGUGAGAUCACACUGUUGAGAGGCAGGAAGGUCUGCAAGAAGAACGUCGUGUUGAAAUCCCCAAAGUAUUUCGUCCCCGAGUGUGUUUACGACGUUGCUCCCCGAUAUUAUAUUGUCGGUUGUAUGGUGUUUGUCCCGCUUACCUUGAACUACAUGCUGCACGAGUUUGGAAAGCGAUAUUACGAGAAAGCUCCGAAUGUGUUGCUGGCUGCCAUCGAUGAGAGAUUUCAGAGUGUGGAAGGUGAGGAAGUUGUCGUUCUUUCGCAGAUUCUGGCAGCAGAGAUCUGUUCUGGUUACGACGGCAUCAGGAACAUUAAGCUCGACACAUUCAACGGCAAAAAAGUCCUCAACCUGAAGCAUCUCUACGAACUCGUUGAAAGUUGCACGGACGAGUUCUUGGUUUUCGGCCUCUCCCACACCCAGACUGUGGUGCUGAGGAGGAAGGAAGCGAUCGCAGCGACCAAGGAAGUACUCAAGCAGCACAACAUCGCCGCUCAACGGUCCCCCGAUCUCUGAGCAUCUCACUUAUACCGCUCAGUCUCGUUGUCUUCACUCUCAUUACAGAAAAACUUAUC